UAGGUUAGCGUGCGAAUGUUUUUUUAUCAUUGUUCUAAACAUGGCUCGUUUAGCCAUUUUGGUGUUAUCACUACAGGCAUACUGUUUUCAGAAUGCACUCAGCAUUUGCCCUUGUAUGGAAGGGCUGAUGGGAGUGAACCUCGCUGAUCGAUUCCUGGGGAAGUCUAACCUUGGUUCAAGUUUACUUAAUGCCGAACUGGCAGCAGGGGCCUUAAAUCCUCUUCCAACCAGUAGUUUUGGACCUUUUGGUCCUAAUACGGCAACAGCUGAACUUGCUUCACUUAGGUUUGGAGGGGGCUUAGCUGGUGCUGAGAUUGCAGCUGGUUUAGGGGGCGGUUUUGGUCCUGGUUAUGGCCCAGGGAUUGUUGGUGCUGAAUUAGCCGCUACUGGUCUUGCAGGAGGAUUUGGAGCCGGUUUGGCUGGUGCAGAAAUUGCUGCUGGUUUAGGGAGUGGUUUGGGCCAUGGUUAUGGCCCAGGGUUAGUUGGUGCUGAACUAGCAGCAGUUGGUCUUGCAGGAGGAUACGGUGCUGGUUUGGCUGGCGCAGAAAUUGCUGCUGGUUUAGGGAAUGGUUUAGGUCAUGGUUAUGCCCCAGGGCUAGUUGGUGCUGAACUAGCAGCAGUUGGUCUUGCAGGAGGAUAUGGUGCUGGUUUGGCUGGUGCAGAAAUUGCUGCUGGUUUGGCUGGUGCAGAAAUUGCUGCGGGUUUGGCUAGUGCGGAAAUUGCUGCUGGUUUAGGAGCCGGUAUUGGCCCAGGUAUUGUUAGCGCUGAAUUAGCUGCUGCUGGUCUUGGAGGAGUAUAUGGUGCAGGCUUAGCUGGUGCUGAAUUGGCAGCUAGUUUAGGCGGUCCUGGGUUUGGAGCUGGAUUAAGCAAAUCAGAACUUAUUGCAUUAUUAUUAGCAAAAGGAAUUGAUGGUUCCGAAAAUAGAUAUGGUUUGACAAAAGCGGAAUUAGCUGCUGCUUUAAUUGGGGGCUUGGGUGGUCCAAGAUAUGGUCCUGGAUACGGCCCCGGAUAUGGUCCAGGAUUUGGCCCUGGCGUUGGUUCUGGUUUUGGUCCCGGUUUCGGUCCCGGCUUCGGCCCUGGCUUCGGUCCUGGUUUCGGUCCUGGUUUCGGCCCCGGAUUUGGCCCAGGAUUUGGUCCUGGAUUCAUUGAAGGUGCCGGAGUCAUUGAAGAAAUAGUUGGAGGAUAUGGCCCUGGUCCCAUAUAUGGCCCUGGGUUCGGUCCCGGUUAUGGCCCUGGAUUUGGGCCUGGAUAUGGUCCAGAAUUUGGUCCUGGAUUUGGCCCAGGGUUUGGCCCCGGAUUUGGUCCAGGAAUAGGCCCCGGAAUAGGUCCAGGAUUUGGCCCUGGAUUUGGUCCAGAAUUUGGUCCAGGAUUUGGCCCUGGAAUUAAUCCAGGAUUUGGCCCCGGAUUUGGUCCUGGUUUUGGACCCGGACUUGGUCCCGCCUUUGGUCCUGGUUUUAGUCCCGAAUUUGGAUAUGGUCCUGGCUACGGAUAUGGAGCACCUUUAGUCUAUUAACGAAAUUCAUAGAAAUAUUAUUCAUGACUGAUACGUUUUUUAAUAUUUCAUCAGAAUUAUUACGUAUUUUUCUGAUAUUGAAAUGUCUUAUCUACUAUUUAAAAAUAAAUUUCUUUUAAGUCAUA